UUAUGUAGUACUGUAUAAACAAUGUCUGCAAUCAAUUGAAUGUUUUGAUUGUAAAGUCAAUGAAUGAAUCAAUGAAUGAAUCAAUGAAUGAAUCAAUGAAUGAAUGAAUGAAUGAAUGAAUCAAUCAAUCAAUCAAUCAAUUGAAAUGUCAUUCAUUGGACACUAACUUACAAACGAUGGACUCAUCUGGUGAUCGACGAAGAGAUCGCAAAGAUAAACAUCUGAUGAAAAUCAAAUUACAGGAGGAAUUGACGGCUAAAAAACGACAGAUUGUGUCCAUUCUUAAGAAAUGCAAAUCUGAACAAACAAAAGAAGACAUCAAAGUUUUAAAUGAAUCAAAACCAUUGGUUGAUUUACUUCUUCAUAAAAGACAAAAAAUUGAGUUAAACAAAGAGAGAUCAAAAGAAGUAGAGGACGAACCACAAGUGAUAUCACAAAAAUGUCUUAUUUUGGCCGAUUUGAUCCGUCAAUCAAAGAGAGCUGUGGUUUAUACCGGUGCCGGUAUAAGUACUUCAGCGCAAAUACCUGAUUAUAGGGGACCUAAUGGUAUUUGGACACAACUCAAGAAUGGAUCGCACAUUGAACAACAUAUAGAUCUAGUUUUGGCGGAGCCGACAUUCACUCAUAUGGCUAUCACUGCAUUAAAUCGUAAACGUAUUGUUAGACAUGUUGUCUCACAAAACUGUGAUGGACUUCAUUUAAGAAGUGGUUUACCACAAAAACAUUUGUCUGAAAUUCACGGCAAUAUGUAUAUUGAAGUUUGUGCUAAUUGUAAAACACAAUAUUUAAGAUCAUUUGAUGUCACUGAAAAUACGUCACUUCGGCGACACAAAACUGGUCGCAAAUGUCAUUUAUGUCCAAAAGAUAGGGCGGACUUAAUCGACACAAUCGUACAUUUCGGCGAAAAGGGCAAACUUUUAUUGCCUCUCAAUUGGGAUGCGGCGGCUAAGUCGGCAGCAAAAGCUGAUCUUAUUAUUUGUUUAGGAAGUAGUUUAAAAAUACUUCGCAAAUAUCAUUGUUUAUGGCCUAAGACGGCUAAGAUUGCUAUCGUUAAUCUUCAGUGGACUCCAAAAGAUUCACAAUCAAUGCUCAAAAUUAACGGUAAAUGUGAUAAUGUUAUGCAAGAAGUUAUGAAGCAUUUGGACAUUCAAGAGAAACCAUAUAUAAAAUCUAAAGAUCCCAUCUAUUGUUACUCGACAUCACUCAAGUCAGAAGAGCAACAAACUUGUAAUCGACUCAAACUCUUUGAAUCAAAUGAAUCGACUAAUAAAAUAUGCGAUUCAGUGGUUUGCAGUCCGGGUUGGUUCGGCAAAGGCAUCAAACGAAAAAAAUAAUUGUAAUAAAUAUGUA